AUGGCUCGCGUUUCCAAGGUCGCCAGCCUGCUGUGCGUCGGAAUCGUCCUGCUCGCUUUCGCCCUCACUCCUGCCGACGCCGUUCAGGCUAACUCCGCCGACCUGAGCGGCGAAGGCACGUGCUACCGCGACUUCCAAGGUCGCUUCCGUGAUAGUCAGUACUUCGGCAUGGUUGCGCAGGUGCCUGCGAGCAAGUUCGACAACAGCAAGGGAUGCGGAACGUGCUACGAAGUUUCCUGCACAGGCCGCGCAUGCAAGGGCGGCUCCGUGAAAGUGCGAGCGAUCGGGCAGGCCGGUGAGAACUUCAACCUCGACACUCCCGCGUGGAACAAACUCGUGGGCGGCCAGGGCGGGCAAGUGGAGGUCACGUACGAUCAGGUGGAUUGCUCUAGCAGCGGCGGAAUGGCGGUCCGACUCCUGCCCGAUGCCAGCCAGUACAAUUUCGCGCUUCAGAUUUUUGGAGCGGCGAGGCGCGGACGAGUGGAGAAGGUGGAGAUAUCGAAGGACGGGAAAGAGUGGAAGAGCAUGACGAACAACGGAUGGGGCGCGACGUGGGUGCUGAAUCCCGCCACGGGCGUCGUGGAUGCGGGGCGCGCGGUGAGCGUGCGCGUGUCGGGCAGCGGGAAGCAGGUGGUGCUGCAAGACGUGAUCCCGAGCAAAAGCGACAAUCCAGGAGCACAGGAUGAAUCAGAGGCGGCUGGUCUUGGUGGCAGUCAGAGGCGGUCAGUCUCAGUGGCAAGGCGCCUGGCCUUGCUCUCCAGCAGCUUGACUGCCUCCGUGAAGAGCACGUUGGGGGGCAGUGCUCCCGUGCUCUCCACUGAGACUGUGGUGUGUGGUGAAUGGAAGGUGGGAGGAGUGGGAGGGGGGGGGGAAACGGAGAAAAGAGAGAAUAGGAGAGGUUGGGAUUCCCUCCAGCAGCUUGAAUGUGUCUAUAAAUAG